AUGAAGCCAUUCAGCGGCGCUGCCCUGAGGGCACGCCAGAUCUCCCCUGUGACCAGUCGUUCGUAUACAUCGACUGCUCGGAUGUUUCAACCCACUGCCAUCCACCGCGCCGAGGCUGAAGCAGAUCGUAAGGCUCACCCAGAAAGCCAAGCUACACAAGAAAAGUUGCCCGACAGGAAAGGCAGCCACCACUGGGACGAAUCGAAUGCUACGCCGAGUGAAGCUGAUGUCAGAGCCGACCGUGAGGCUGAAAAGAGGCGAGAAGAAGAAGCUAGGAAGCAGAAGUGA